AAAGAUGCCCAGUAUCGUAACUGUCCAAAGAGACGUCCGAUUCAAGCUCCAAUGAUCCACACUCAAUCCCCCUCCUAAUCUCUUAUUCUUCUCGCACGUUUCCUCUCUUCUCUCUUCCCCGCUUUCAAGAAAAGAAUUCUUUGAAUUGAAGCCCAACACAGCAUAACAUAACAAAAUGUUGAACACCCAGGUCACAAACACUAGAAAAUAUUGAGCACCCACAUGGCCGGAAGAGACGAGACAAAGACUGUGGGGGAGCCUGGGAAAGCACAGACAGGACGAAAGAAGAUGAUGAACCUGAGAAUAGGCGGUCCUGGGAUCUUGGUUGGAGCUUUGGCUGUUGCAUUUGUUGUAGGAGCUGCAAUCAGAAUAAGAAGAUAUAGAUCUUUACAGAAGGCCAAGAAGAGGCUUCAAUGCAGCAGCAGGGAUAACAGCAGUGGGGGGCUUCGUUCAAUUCUUCAGGCAGACAGACACUGUCCACGUUACAGUGUGGAUGGAACAUCAGAGAUGAUCUGGGAUUCGGAAGAGGAGGCCCUGGAAGACAGUUCCGAGCUGGGACAGGAUUUGAGCGAGUACGAGAUACAGAUUGAGAAAAUUGGAGAAAAUGAAGGGGAUGAAGCAUCUGACACAGAUCAUGGAGAGUGGAAGACAAUAGAGAUAUCAGAAUCAAGUGCAGAAGAAGAACAUUCAGCCAAUGAAGCCGAAGGAGAAGAAAAAUAUGAUGAUGCAGAAGAUUCAUUUGCAGGCAAUGAGGCUGAAGGCGAAAAUGAUGUUACAGACGAUGAAUACGAAGAUAAAGACGAAGACGAAGACGAAGAUGAAGAUGAUGGGGAAUGUGUUGUGGAGAAAUGUGAAGAGGGAUCACAAGGAACAGAGGAGUCUUCAAUGGAAUCCAAUGCGGAGGUGGUUUGGCCAGAAGAGAUGAAGGAAUGGCCACUGGAAAUCAAAGAGAUGAAAAUCAGUCAUCGCAAAGAUAGAAUAGCUAAAUCAUAUAAUUUCCUGAACGAGACGGAGAGGAGGAUACCUGUGAAGAUCAAGUUAAGAAUUUGGAUUUGGACAACGUUGAUGCUGCUACUGCUUCUGCUACUUUCAGUCACCAAUCAGAAAAGCUAUGUCUCAUUAUCUUAUUAACCUAGAUUCUUUCAUAAAUACAUGAAAUCUUAGGAAUUGCUGGAACCAUUUCCUAAAGUCUGUAAGAUAAUAAAAUCUGAGUUUUACUCCAUGAUUCUAACAGAAGUAUCAGU